AUGGAUAGUUUAGACGAAAAAAAAAAGGAGAAUGCUGAAGUUAAGGCUGAGAAUGUGAAGUUAAAGCAUGCUUUGGAAGAACACGAAGCCAGAUUCACAAACCUAGAACAGAGAGAUAAAGAAAAGACCACCCUUAUUGCUAAAUUAGAUGAUGAUAUCAAGGAAAUCAAACAAUCUUUAGCUAGUACUAGUUCUAGAACUCCGACAUAUGUCAACCUAUUCGCACAGAAACUAAGACACUUGAUUAAAGAAAUAUCUACUAGUAUCAGCUGUAACGCAUCUAUCCAGAAUCAGCCGAGAGGUACUUCGCAUGACUCCAUAUCUCAAGUAACUGAAAUUUCGUUGACCUCGGGUCAGGGAAAAUCGGAUAUCCUACAAAAUAUAGCUAACUUAUAUGAAAAAGCUUGUGAUGCAGAAGAUGUAUCGAUAAAAGCUAAUCAGUCGGAAAUUUUAUGCUGGAAUAAUUUUAUUAUAGCAUUUGAUAAAAGCAUUAAUGAAAUCAUGGCUAGAGAUAGAGUAGGAUUAGAUAAGAUCAAACAUAUCAAAUCAUACAGUGCGAACAGUAUUUCAAAAUUUACCAAUGAAGAAAUUCAAAGAGUCAUAGAUCACUUUACCGAAAAUCAUUUCACUGAUGAUUCCGAGGACGUAGAACAAGAUAACGAGGUCCUAGAGGAACCCGAUCAGAUUAAUGUAUUGGAGAUCUUGCCUCCAAAGGAAUCAACUGCACCUAUCCCAUUAGCCCAUAUCUUUAAUUCUUCUGAUGAUUUCAAAGAAUCGGUGAAAGAAACGAAUGAAGAAGUUGUUUCGCAAUCAGUUAAGACAGACGAUGAUAGUAACUGUAAUCGCAACAGUGAUUCUGAAGAAGAGAUGCCAGACGAUUCGGACGAUGAUGGAUAUAAUGGAUAUGGUGGAUAUAAUGAAUAUGAUGAAUGUGAUAGAGGUUAUUACUAUCGUGACGGAAGAUACGAAAGGAGAGGAUCCCCAAUGAUGAGUUCUAUUAUCUCUCCGGUAACCGCCUGCUGA